GUCAAACCGGUUGAUCUUAUCGAGCCUCCUCUCUCUCUCUCGCUUGCUCUCAGAUGAGCGAAAUCCCAAACCCUCGCUCGAUCUCUAACCCUAACACGAGCCCCGGUGAUCUCCUCUCAUGGCUGCCCGCCUCCGAGCUUCACUGCCAUCCGGCCAUCUUUUCCCCUCCGCAAGCACUGAUUCUCCAAGCGAUGGCCCCUUCGCUGGAUUCUCCGGGAAGCCCCUGGGAGCGUCCAACAUCUGCCGUUCGCCGCUGAAGAUGGAAGGAACACGUAAUGCACGUUUGAGAAUUUUGGGAUCCAUCGAGAGAAAACCUACUUUCAAGACAGAGGCUUCAGAAGAACCUGUUGGCUUGAAUCGGCAACUUACAGAAUAUGAAAAGCAGAGAUUAGAAGGAAAAGAUUGUGGUUUGGAUCUAUUUGAAGAGUUGAAAUUUAGGUUUCGAAGGUUCAAAAAACGAAACUACAUGGAAAAUCUGGUUCACUAUCGGAACCUUUCCCAACAGCAGACACCCAAGUUUAUGGUAAUUGCAUGUGCAGACUCAAGGGUCUGCCCUUCUGAUGUUUUGGGGUUUCAACCUGGGGAAGCAUUUACUGUGCGUAAUGUGGCAAAUCUGGUUCCACCAUUUCAGCAUGGGGCCUCGGAAACUAGUGCAGCACUUGAGUUUGCUGUAAAUUCUCUUGAGGUUCCUAAUAUACUAGUUAUUGGUCAUAGCCGUUGUGGGGGCAUUCAGGCUCUUAUGCGUAUGAAAGAAGGUUCUGAUUCCAGAAGCUUUAUUAAAGAUUGGGUUUCCAUUGGAAAGAAUGCGCGGUUAAGCACAGAAGCUGCUGCUGGAAGCCUGAGCUUUGACAUGCAAUGCAGACAUUGUGAAAAGGAAUCAAUUAAUGGCUCACUGCUGAACUUGCUGACAUACCCAUGGAUAGAAAAAAGAGUGAGCGAAGGGGCACUCUCUCUUCAUGGGGGCUAUUAUGACUUUGUCAACUGUACAUUUGAGAAGUGGACGCUCGUGUACAGGGAAGGCUUGGAGGGUGGUAGCAAGUAUGAUAUCAAUGAUCGCUCCUUAUGGUCCUGAAUCACAAACCCCAGGACAAGAACCAUAUAUUUAUAGCAUACUCCGAAGAUGUUAUCUCUGCUGCCAUCUCGUAGUUUCUGUUAUAUUUGAAAGCACACUUGUUAGAAUUCAGCUUACAACAUUAAAAAGGUCCAUCUUUGAUUUUGCACGAUACUCUCCAUGGAGUAGGCCAUGGAUAGACUUUUGUAUCUAGCAUUGAAUGUAAUGCCAACAUUACCUAAGCAAUAAUUCAAUCACUUCCUCAUUAUGUCAAUACUUCACAUGAUAAUUUGGAUUUGAUUUAAA